AUGGGGUAUUUGCCAAUGCCUCGAAAGUACAUACGAAAGACUGCACCAAUGUAUGAGACUGAAGAUCUUCGCCAUGCGCAUGAAGAUGUCACAAAUAAAAAGCUUACAUUGAGCCAAGCUGCAACCAAAUUUUCAAUACCAAAAACAACACCAUUCAAACAAUUGAAGCUGGACAAAUUGAAGAUACCAAAAAAGGCGCCGCCCCCCACCCCCGCGCCUCCAGCGCUCCCCGCAUCCACCCACGCACUCAGUGCGCCCCCCGCCUCACUCCCUCCCCCCUCGCCUUUCAUCGCGCCAAAAGCGCAUCCCUCACCCCCCGCUCCCCCGCAAGCACCGCCCGUAGGUAUCUCGGCGUGCUCCACCACGCGCCGCGCCGUCGUUGUCGAGCCUGCGCGCCCCACCAGUCCCCGCCCCAAAGAGGGCGGGCUUGACACUGAACAAAGUUUGAAUGAGUCCAUGAACACUGUCACCAGAACUGUAACUGAAGCUGAGCAGAAUUUGAAUGUGUCCCUUAGCACUGUCAACCAGAGCAAAACAUCAACGCAAGAUUCCACUUCUAUUAUUGAAAAUGACAAGGAUUUGAGCGUUACUAUCCAUUCUACACCUCCGUCCACUUCUGUGCCUCUUGCAGAUAUUGUCAAUGUACCUGUCAUUCCAAAACCAGCAGCUUCUAAGUGA